GCAGGCGCAGAGUGUGUGUGUGCUUCAAGCUUGGAUCUGUUCUUCAAGAGUGAGCGUCUCCCUCUCUCACUCUCCACAAGUCGUUAAAGUCUGAAAGCGGAGGAGGGAGAGACGGCAGAGAGACCAGGGGAGGUCUGACGACACCAUCCCAGCUUUUUUUCCCCGGCACCUUAUUUUGAAUGCACGGAUUGAUGAAUGCGAGCGCACAGUCUGCAUCUGGCCUGUGGUCUCCUGGAGGAACACCAAGAAUUUAAGAACCAAGGCUGUCACACUGCAAGAGAUGUGUGCAACGCUUCCUGCCAGGACAAGAACUUGAAGGAUACUUUUUUGGAAAACGGAGCACGUGUAUCUGUCCAUGGUGGGAGUAGGAUUCAAUGCAGGAGGUCCAGUGUAAGAAUGGAUGACGCAUGCUCCAGGCUAACGGUGUCUGAUCCAGCUUUAAAGCAAAGAAGGAACACCUAAGGAGACAAGAAGAACUUACCAGACUUCACCUGCAACUUUCCCCCAAAGCUGAUAUGAUGCUUUGGUGCAACCAGUUGCUCUCUUUAGCAGCACUUCUUGUGAUUGUGAGCUGCGGAGGAGGGGAGCAGAGGAGAGGGACGGAUAGCAGCAGCAGCAGCAGCAACACAGGUGGCGGCAGCAGCAGUAGCAGCAGCAGUAGUGGAGGGAGUAGCAGCAGCAGUAAUAAUUACAGCAGCAGCAGACGCUUUCAUAAGAUCCAGCAUGGCCAGUGCACCUACACCUUCAUCCUGCCUGAGGGGGACGGAGGCCGAGGGGGAUCCUGCAGGGAGGCCAAAGCUGGGAACCCGCAGCAGCAGCAGCAGAACGCCAACUCCCUCCAGAGGGACGCCCCGCCACCUGAGCCGGACUUCCCCAGCCAGAAGAUCCAGCAACUGGAGCACAUUAUGGAGAACUAUACCCAGUGGUUGCAGAAGAUUGAGAACUACAUCAAGGAAAGCAUGAAGACUGAGAUGGCUCAACUGCAGCAGAGUGCAGUCCACAACCACACAGCCGCCAUGUUAGAAAUGGGCACCAACCUUCUGUCUCAGACCGCUGCACAGACUCGAAAGCUAACUGACGUUGAGACACAGGUUCUGAAUCAGACAUCCAGGCUGGAGAUCCAGCUGCUGGAAAACUCUCUUUCCACUAACAAGCUGGAGAAGGACUUAAUGGUCCAGACCAAUGAGAUCAGCAAGCUGCAUGACAAGAACAGCCUUAUGGAGCAGAAGAUGUUAGAAAUGGAGAUGCGACACCGUGAAGAGCUGGAGACGCUAAAGCAGGAGAAGGGGAGUCUGCAGACUCUGGUGGGGAGCCAGAGCGGGGUCAUCAGGGAGCUGGAGGCUCAGCUGAGCCGGGCCACGGGAAACAGCACGGCGCUGCAGAGGCAGCAGCAGGAGAUGAUGGAUACCGUCCAUAAUCUGCUUAACCUCUGCUCGAAGGAUGGAGUUGUGCCCAACAGUACAAAGGUCGCAGAUGAAGAGAAGAAAUUACGUGACUGUGCGGACCUCUACCAGGCUGGCAUCCAUAAGAACGGAGUCUACACCAUCCAGAUUAACCCACAGGAGACCAAAAAGGUGUAUUGCAACAUGGAAACAGCCGGGGGAGGAUGGACAGUCAUCCAGCGCAGAGAAGACGGCAGCGUGGACUUCCAGAAAACGUGGAAGGAGUAUAAAAUGGGUUUUGGGAGCGUUUCUGCAGAGCACUGGUUGGGAAACGAGUAUGUUUACCAGUUGACCAGCAAUAGGCAGUACGCCCUCCGCGUGGUGCUGACAGACUGGGACGGACACCAGGCCUUCUCACUCUACGACCGCUUCCAGAUUGGCAGUGAGAAACAGAACUACAGACUGUUUCUGAAAAGCCACAGUGGGACUGCAGGCAGACAGAGCAGUCUGGUAAUCCACGGAGCAGACUUCAGCACCAAGGACAUGGACAACGACAACUGCAUGUGCAAGUGUGCCCUCAUGCUAACUGGUGGUUGGUGGUUUGAUGCCUGUGGCCCGUCCAACCUUAACGGCAUGUACUUCACUCAAGGACAACACGUGGGGAAGUUGAACGGUAUCAAGUGGCACUACUUCAAGGGUCCCAGCUACUCGCUACGAGCCACCGUCAUGAUGAUCCGCCCCUUGGACUUCUCCUAGUCUUUCUGAACUUGUGAACUUUCAGCAUCUGAACGGCUGUGUGUGUGCAGCACAUUA